AGUUUCCUUCUUCAACAAAGUUAACGACGUGGUCGAAUUUUCGCCGGGCAAAUUUGUUGUCAGCUUGUCUUCAAAUAAUCUACUUAAACUUUGUCAGACCCAUAACAUUUAAAGGCUUUGGUUUCGGUAAGCGAUUGACUUUGAAAGAUGGGAGGUAUUUUCGGCAAACUAUUCAGUGGACUCUUUGGGAAGAAGGAGAUGAGAAUUCUCAUGGUUGGUCUUGAUGCUGCUGGGAAAACGACAAUACUGUACAAACUGAAGCUCGGAGAAAUCGUUACAACGAUCCCUACAAUUGGUUUUAACGUGGAAACAGUGGAAUACAAGAACAUAAGCUUUACAGUUUGGGAUGUCGGCGGUCAGGACAAAAUCAGGCCACUUUGGCGACAUUACUUCCAAAAUACACAAGGUCUGAUUUUCGUCGUGGAUAGCAAUGAUCGCGAGCGUGCCGGUGAGGCAAGAGAAGAACUGAACCGGAUGUUGGGUGAAGACGAACUUAGAGAUGCAACUCUUCUCGUCUUUGCUAACAAACAGGAUUUGCCCAAUGCAAUGAAUGCUGCUGAAAUAACAGAUAAGCUAGGCCUACACAGCUUAAGAAAUCGCUCAUGGUACAUACAAGCUACAUGUGCUACAAGUGGAGAUGGUUUAUAUGAAGGACUUGACUGGCUAUCAAACCAGCUUAAAAAUAGUCAGAAAAACAUGGGAAGUGCGUUUGCCAAACUAUUCAGUGGACUCUUCGGUAAGAAGGAGAUGAGAAUUCUCAUGGUUGGUCUUGAUGCUGCUGGGAAAACGACAAUUCUGUACAAGCUGAAGCUCGGAGAAAUCGUUACAACCAUCCCUACAAUUGGUUUUAACGUGGAAACAGUGGAAUACAAGAACAUAAGCUUUACAGUUUGGGAUGUCGGCGGUCAGGACAAAAUCAGGCCACUUUGGCGACAUUACUUUCAAAAUACACAAGGUCUGAUUUUCGUGGUGGAUAGUAAUGAUCGCGAGCGUGUCGGUGAAGCAAGAGAAGAACUGAACCGGAUGUUGAAUGAAGAUGAACUAAGGGAUGCUAUUCUCCUUGUCUUCGCCAACAAACAGGUAUAAAAUAAUGAAUGCCUAGAUCGUAC